AUGACGCCGCCGCCGGGGAAAACAACACCCAGAACAAAGAAGAAUCCUACUCGCUCGCAAAACGAAGGAGCAAGCGCUGCGAUGCUGCUCGUCUCCGUGGGAUUCUGCGCCGGGCUUGCGUUCUACCGAUUCGCGCUCGAAUCGGUCGUCUUAAAGAAGCGAAGGAAGAAGAGAGAGGUGGAUCGAGUCGCGCGGCGAAGCGUCGCUUUGCGGGAAGGGAAAGAUGCGAUCGAAGGGGAAACGUACGUUCAGUGCAAAGGAGGAGAAGGAGAAAGCAUGAAGAACGACAAAAGCGAAGAAAAAGAGAAAGAAACACGUUCGACGGGAAGUUUUAGGACGUUUCCAGCGCACGGAAAGAACACCGCGCUGCUUAUCAUCGACAUGCAGAGCGACUUUUUGAGCAAAUCCGGAAGGCUCGGACAACACUACUCUCGAGACGUUCUCGAGCGGUUGGAAGCGACGACGGCGAACGUGGCGAGAGUUCUGGAAAAGUGCAGAGAGAAAGGGUUCACGAUCGCGCACAGUCGAAGUCACAGGUACGGAGCGGAAAUCCGGAGAGAUUUACUCAACGGAAUUGACGUGAGUAUGAGUAGCCCGAUCGAAGGCGUGGACGCUACGUAUAACUUUGUCGAGCGGUUGAAACCAAAGGAGGGGGAAAUUAUCGUGGAUAAAUGGACGUUCGGCGCGUUCGCGAGCACGGAUUUAGAGAAGCAAUUAGUCGGACGUGGGGUGGAACGGAUAUUGUUGUGUGGGAUACUGACGAACGUGUGCGUCAUGGCGACGGCGGUGCAGGCGUGCGAUCGAUUUUUCCGGGUGUGUUUAGUCGAAGACGCGUGCGGGGCGUUCGGGAAGGAGAAAGAGGGAGGUUGGCACGAUAUGGCGGUCACUUUGAUUAACGGACCGCAAAUCGCGAAACAAAAUCAUCACAAAAGCCUUUGGACGUGUUAA